AUGGGGACUGAUGGGAGCCAGCAGCAGGUGCCAAGUGAGGACAGUGAAAGGACUCUGUUGCUGAAACCAGUCCCAGAGGAGGCUUUGCAGCAGGAGCAGCAGCAACACGUCCUGGGACCAUACUCAGAGAAGCUGCCCCUCGCCCACUACAUGCUGCGAUACCUCCACAGCUCACCCAUAUUGCAACAGAAAUGUGUUGUGGAGAUUAUUGAAUCACUGGGGAUUAUUAUUUAUAAAGCUCUGGACUAUGGCUUGAAGGAGAAUGAAGAGCGAGAACUAAGUCCUCCCUUGGAGCAGCUUAUAGAUCACAUGACCAAUACCGUGGAGGUAGAUGGGAGUAAAGAUGAAGGCUAUGAGGCUCUGGAUGAAGGCGUGGAGGAAGAUGAAGAUGAAAAAGAGGAAGUUGAGGUCAUUCAUUCCUAUAAAGAUGUCAUGAAGGAAGGUGUUAAUGGCUGCCACGAAUUGCAGACUUGGUUAAAGGUGAUGGGUGCGCCCCUCAUAGCAAAACCUUCCAUUCCUCCUUCCCCCCAUGCCAGGGGCUCUGUAUGGGGCACAAUGGCACUAGGACAAAUUGGAGGAGGGGAUGACAGCAGUGGGAACUGCAUGUCUUAUGGGAUUGCUUACUGUGUCUGUAUGCCAGCUGUCUCGCGGCAAGGAUCACAGACUGGUCAGUGUGCAGGGGCGCUGUCAGCUCAGUGCAGAAGGGUUUCAUGUCCUGCGAGGGAUGCUACGAGCACAACUUCCUCCUUCAGACGGCCAUCCAGGAGGUCCAAGAGGCAGUGCGCAGUAGCAUGGCUUGACCUGAUCAACGCCUUUGGGUCCAUACCCCACCAUCACAUCUUUGCCACCCUGGGAGAGUUCAGGAUGCCAGAAACCUUCAUCCGGGACCUCUACAAGGACUGCACUACCACCAUCCGCGCCACGGACGGAGAGACGGACGCCAUCCCCAUCCACCGUGGCGUGAAACAAGGAUGCCCCCUUAGCCCCAUCAUCUUCAACCUGGCCAUGGAACCGCUCAUCCGAGCCAUCUCCAGCGGCCCGACCGGCUUUGACCUGCACGGCAAGAAACUCAGCAUUCUGGCCUACGCGGACGAUCUGGUCCUGACCGCGGACGACCCAGAGAGCCUCCAAGGUAUGCUAGAUGCCACCAGCCGAGCAACUGACUGGAUGGGGCUCCGCUUCAAUGCAAAGAAGUGCGCAACUCUUCACAUUGACGGCAGCAAAAGGGACUCGAAUCUGAAGAAGAUUCAGGAAAUGGACAAAGAAAGGAGUGAUGAAUCCAGCACAGACCUUGAUGAGUUGAAAAAUGCUGACUGGGCCCGCUUUUGGGUACAGGUGAUGCGAGAUUUGCGGGACGGUGUUAAACUUAAGAAGGUUCAAGAGCGUCAGUAUAAUCCACUUCCAAUAGAAUAUCAGCUCACGCCCUAUGAAAUGCUAAUGGAUGACAUUAGAUCCAAACGCUAUACCUUAAGGAAGGUUAUGGUCAAUGGGGAUAUUCCACCUCGAUUAAAAAAGAGUGCUCAUGAAAAAAUCCUGGAUUUCAUCCGAUCACGGCCCCCAUUAAAUCCUGCCUCUGCAAGAAAACUGAAACCAACCCCACCACGGCCACGCAGCCUCCAUGAAAGGAUACUGGAGGAAAUCAAGGCAGAAAGAAAGCUGCGCCCUGUCUCACCAGAUGAGAUCAGGCGUAGCAGGCUAGAUGUAUCCACACCAGAGGCCUCAAGAAAAUUAGCAGACAGCUCUGUAGUAAAUGGUGGCUUGACACCACAAGCAAAGGUGAAUGGCGUCAGCACUACCCAAGUGACAAUGCAGCGAAAGAGACUCCUUAAAGCCCCUACGUUGGCUGAACUGGAUAGCUCGGAUUCAGAGGAGGAGUCUAUGCACAAAUCAGCAAGCAGCAGCAGUGUCUCUCCUUCCCAAAUGGAAGACUCCUUUCAAGAGACCACCUCUGGUAGAAAGAUGCCUCCGAAGUUUUUGCCAAUAUCAUCCACACCACAGCCAGAGAGGCGUCAACCACCACAGAGGCGACACUCCAUUGAAAAAGAAACGCCGACUAACGUGAGGCAGUUCCUACCACCUUCAAAACAGAGCUCCAGGUCACUUGAGGAAUUUUGUUACCCAGUGGAAUGUCUGGCUCUGACAGUGGAGGAAGUCAUGCACAUUCGUCAGGUGCUGGUGAAAGCAGAGCUGGAAAAGUACCAGCAGUAUAAAGAUGUCUACACUGCCCUCAAAAAAGGAAAGCUCUGUUUCUGUUGUCGAACAAGGAGGUUUUCUUUCUUCACCUGGUCCUACACCUGUCAGUUUUGUAAGAGGCCUGUAUGUUCACAGUGUUGCAAAAAGAUGCGGUUGCCAUCAAAGCCAUACUCCACCCUUCCUAUCUUCUCUCUGGGACCUUCUGCUUUGCAGAGAGGAGACAGUUUUAUGAGACCAGAAAAACCCUCCACCAGUCACCACCGGCCGCUUAGGAGCAUGUCCAGGUUGUCCACAAAGUCUAAGUCUGUGGAUAAAUCAAAUGAAGAUCUACAGUUUCCCAAAGAGUUAAUGGAGGACUGGAGCACCAUGGAGGUGUGUGUGGACUGCAAAAAGUUUAUUUCAGAAAUCAUCAGCUCAAGCCGGCGCAGCCUCUCUCUGGCCAACAAACGAGCCAGGUUAAAAAGGAAAACACAGUCGUUCUACAUGGCAUCACCAGGCACCUCUGAAUACUGCCCUUCUGAGAGAACUAUCAAUGAGAUCUGAGUCUUGUGCCUUUUUCUUUGCUUUUGUCUUCAUGAGGUCAGCAUCCGUGAGAAAGAUCACUGAAACUGUCCUUCCCUUUGUUUUACUUAACGAGCUUGAAUUUGCAUUAGAUCACAGGGUUUGCUACUCUACGGUUUCCACAGACUCUACAUUCAUAUCUGUAGAUAAUGAUAUGUAAUAGGUCAGCCAAUAACUCAUUUGCACUGGAAGGAAACAAUAGUUUGAAAAUGUUGCCUUUGUGUGUAUGUGUGCGCAUUGUGCAGAUAGAAAGCCUUUACUUGCAUUCAGUUUUUUAUCAUUCCUUGAAUUGUUUUCAGGACAAGAGCUGAAUUGUAUUCCUAAAGGAGAACCAAAUCUAACACAGGUGUCAAUGUUAGCACAAUUGUAACCAGUAAGUCAUAUUGGCAUUACCAACCUAAUAGUGUUCAUGUUCUAGUUUAUGUGGCACAUGGAGCCAUGUUGUACACCAAAAACCUAGUGUGGGCUGUUGGUCUCAUUGUCUCACAGCACAAAACCUAGAAGGUUUUGCUAGUGCUAUCAACAUUCUCUUUCUUUCAACUGUUGUUACUGCUCUGAGAUCAUGGUUCAUUGUGGAACUUGAUAAUGUCUGUGUUCUAGUGCAAAAUAUCUGAAUAGGCUGUAUGCCCAAAUGGGGGGCCAUUUUCCCUGAGCUGCUCUAUUUCUAAGCCCCGGUGUAAUUAUAAGUGUCUCCUGUGCAGGUAGGAGUAGUUUAUUCCUUAUCUUGAAUGUAUUGUGAUUAUUAUAUUUGGUAGUAGUAGUUUUAGCAGUAGAUAGAGCUGUGCACUCGAUGGGGAGGGUGGGAAAUGAGAGGCUUCUAAGUUUAACUGAAUUCCUGUAAAGUAUGUAACAUGGUUACCCAGAGAGGAAGUAUGGGUAAUAUGUAUAUUUGUAUUAUAGUGGAACACACAAGCACUGCUAUAAUUAAAAGUUCGGGAGCAUAUCCAUUAUAAAUCCCAUUUUUCAGGGGUUUAUAAUUUGGCUGUAAAAUGUAGGAUCCUGAUGAAAUUUGAGACAACAGAGUCUCAGAUUAGGAGCACCUUGUUUUGCUUUUUAACAAACUUAUGGAGAAAAAAGUCUAGCUGUUAAAAGUUUCAAUAAUGUUACAAUGUUAACAAACAUCACAUGCUUUUUGCUCUUUUUUUAUAUUCAAAUGUUUUGUUUUGAAAGCAGUUAAAACAUAAUUAGAGUUUAGUCCAUAAUAUGGAGAUAGGUCAUUUUGGUAUUUAAAAAUAAGUUAACAUAACCAAGUUACUAAUACUUGAAAAUCAACUACUGUGCAUACACAGUAACUUUUUCAUAACAUUUUUCAUACCCAGAUCGAUAUUUAAUAUCAAUACAGUGCUGUAUUAUAUACUAUCAUAGUAGGAAAGAUUCAGAUCUAUUUAUUAACAUUUCAGUACUAGAGAUUGAUGAGAAAUACCUCAGAACUGCUCCAAAGGACAGGGUUUUCGUAAUACAAUUAAGGUCGAUCUGUUUUCAAACUCUAAAUACAUAUUUACAAAAUAGAAUCUCUUGAACCAAAUAUUAUGCAUUUUAAAAAGUCACUAGGCGCCAAAUCCUAGACUUGAUGCAGAGGAACUGGGUUGACGAUCGGAGUCUGGCUCCCACAUUCCAUUGAGUAACAUUAGAGCCACUCUGCAACUGCUACUGCACCAUCCCUGCAGUGUGGAAGGGCAAUAGCCACCCACUGACACCACCUUCACAGGCUUCCCGAAUCCUAUCCCUGCCUGCCAUGCAGUGGCGCUGCCCCAGUUCCACGGUAGGCGGGGCUCCCUGCCACCCAAACGUGCAGGAUUUCCCCCUUCAAGGCAGAUCUGCGAGUUAAGCUGUAAUAGCUCCAUAGCAGCUAGUCUAGUAUUAGGUAAGUGUGUGUUUGGGCUGUUCUGAAAAGCCUGUGCAAAGGGCUCUUUAAACCCAUCCUGGGACACACCCAUCCUCAUUUUCCUUUAAUCGUAUUUACAUAAACAGACAGUUUGCACACACGGCGAGUAUCGGGUAAUAACGUUAAGGGUUUGCCUGAACUGAUGACCACAGGAAGUUCAGAGUUAUAGGUCAGUCCCCAUUCUUAACCCUUUCCUUUCUGCAGAGGGCCAUGCAGCUGUUACACCCUCUGUCUGGGGACCUCAGGACAAUGGGUCUUUCAUAUAAAUUACAAUAUCUUGAUGAGUUAAGGACCUACGAUAGCGGGGGUAGCACUGUGCAAUUUAUGUGAAAUGGGUAAUGAAAGAUCACCCGUUAGUCAUAUGAUAGCCCCUCAAUCAGGUUGCAUUUUUUUGCCACUUAUGUUUCUGUGCCAAAAUUAAUCCCUGCAGCCCACCCACCCACCUCUUUCCGUUGCUGUAUUGCAUAAUAUUCACACCAGACGGCCAACUCCCAGGGAAGCACAUAGGGCUUUUAUUUUAAACCCCCAUUAUUCUGUUUGUAAUUUUUCUUGGGAAACAUCCCCUUCUACACCCCAUACAUCUAUUUACUGCUCCUUUCCAUAGCCCGCUGGAAAAAGCUGCAGGAGCAGGAAACGCGUUCCUUAAUGUCUCUGAGGCUCUCAGGGGUGCAGAGGAUCCGGCAUGUUUUUCUUUCUGUUGGGAGGGGUUAGUGGUAGAAGCCAUGGCCUCAUAAUGCCUCACAUCCAGUAUAUGGGCAGUGAAAUCAGACUCCAGCCCUGCAGAUCCUGGGCCAUCCAUGAAGGCCUACCCCUCAGUGCAACAUCCUUGCUCCCUGCAGCAUGGCUUCCUUGGUGAGGUCUUCUCUCCCAUAUCAGUGCAUCUUCAUAGAUGUUGUAGAGGAGAGCUGACGCUGCUUCUAGCAUCAUUACUAAAGUGUGUUGUUUGUAUUACUGCGACACCUAGGAGCCCUAGUCACACACCAUGACCCUGUUGUGCUAGGCACUGUACAAACACAGAACAAAAAAUGGUCCUGUGAACUACUGAAUGGCCAUCAACUUAGAGUCCACUAGUGUGUGAGGGCAGCAGGGUGCAAAGGCUGGCUGUUUCCAGUUCUACCCCUGUCUGCCUGACUCAGCCCCUCCAGGGCUGUGCGAUGGUAGCACAGAGGCACCUGGAGAGGGGAAUCCUGCCGUAGAGCUGCCAUUCUCCUGGGGGGUUUUCCACACUGGUUGCUUCCAUCUAUAUUAGGGAAAAUAGGCCCUUGUACAAUGUGCUGGCCUUUAAUUUGGCAGAGGAAACAAAGUCAAGCAAAGGCGGAAGAAGCACCGUCCAUCCACUCUUUGCCCGGAUCAGUAUGGAGUGGACUAUUUUGAGCUUUCCACCUCACCCUUUGUGCUAGUGUCACAAACCCAUUCCAAGUAUCAAGGACCAGUCCACUUUGCCUGCGUACCUUAUGAAGCUGCCCACAAUGUCCUAUUUAUGGCUUAAAUUUCAUAUCAGUGUCAGAAUAGAAAAACAAAAGCUUGUAAAUAUCUGUAAUAUAUUUAUUAAUAUUUAGAAAGCUGCCAUGCAUUGAGCAAUGGGAAUUGACUUUCCCAUGAAGAUUUAAAAAGAAAGAGUCUUAUUUAUAUGUAUAUUGAUUGUAUUAUUAGAUUUAAAGUUGAGCCUCUCUCCAUAGACAUUUUAAAAUGAAUUUCUGUUGAAAAGAAUGUGGGACUAGCACAGUGAGCUCAUUUAAAUGAGUGUUUAAAAUCUUUUUUUUUUUUCUAACUGUGUUUAAUAAAACUAGGACUUGUAUAAGUGCAUCAGAGGAGACCCAAAGGGGGUUUAAAAAACUGUCGUUGGCAAUGCAAUGGUCUUGUAUUUUAUACAUGAAAACAGUUCUUGAGAAUUCAAAGCCAGCUCAGCCUUGCUAACAGCUGCAAUGAAGGUAGCAAACAGGCCUUUGUGGCGGCUCUUAUGUGUAUAAAACAAAUUCUUUCAACGUUCAUGGUGACAAUAUUGCUUAUGGGUUUUUUCAUUAAGUCCUUUAUUGAAGAGAAAAAAAAAAAAACCUGGGGACAAUAAAAUGCCUUUGGAGCAUAGCCUUUGUGUGUAUUAAUUAUUCACGUGUAAACUAUCGUAAAGAAAUUUUUUUUACUGCUUUUUAGAAUUUUGCAAAAGUCAAAUGGUUGUAUCUUUUGGCAAAGGCAGUGUUGAUGAGUAAGAUUUUAGCACUUACUAGGCUACAUGAGAAAAGGAAACAGGUCAAAAUAGUCUUUAGAAUAGCAAUAUAACUGCAUAUGUGACCCACUGGACUCUAAGCAUUAAAGUAUGUUUUGCAUUAAAAUACUGCUUCUGCUAAGCAGUAGAAAAGUACAGUAUGACCAAUUCCUACCAAAACCUUCCAUAUCACAAGCUGAAGAGCUGUAUAUAAUUUUAACUCUUCCUAUAUGCAUCAAUUGCACUGAACUUUUUACAGAAUCUAAAUAACUACACGCAACCUCUCUUUUUUUGAGCCUGUAGUUGAUGUGCAUUGUGGGAGAGGUACUAGGAGUCUUUCAAAGACCAAAAUGGAAGGCUAUCAAGAAAAAAUAAUAAAAUAAAAUACACAGACAUCAUCAUUUAUUUUCCAAAAACCAGUCUGUUCUCUGAUUCUCUCUUCUAGGAUUGGCUGCAUGUUCUAUAGGUAGGGAGGGUGGGGGAAGAUCCAACUUUAGACAGGUAUGAAGGUAGCAAUCAUGCUAAACUUCAUCCAGAAGUUCUGUGCAGCUUUUAGGAAUGUCUUUAUUAUUUGAAUUGUAUUUGUGAAAGUGACAUCGCACAGUGGGUAGCAGAAAGGCGCUGUAACUGCGUGUUCUGGUGCGACAGCAUCCCUCUUAUCUUAGCAUUAAAUUCUAAAUCAUUUCCAUAUAGAAGGCUGAAAGCUGGUUUUAUUUUUAUUUUUUCUUUGAUAUGUA